CACUUCCCGAAAAGCAGCAAAAAAAACAGGUCAACACCUAGAAGCUUCACGAGCAAAGCACAAUGGGACUCGCAAGCAAAAGAUAAUCCAAACCAACAGCGGCAAUGGCAUCGACACGCGCCCGUCAACCCCUAACCCAAGCCGCCACUGCGCUUCUGCGACAAAGCCGCCGACCUCUCCGCAGCACGGUUCCCUUCCCCUGUGUAGCAGCGGCAGCAUCGCCAUUCCACACCACCGCCCCGACGCUCCGCAUGAAAGGCGACGCGCCGCAGACCGAUCUCGGCGCUCUGAAUGUCCUAGCUGAUGCCCCUGUCCCCGCGACCUCCGUCGACGUGUGCGCCCCCGACGGCUUCCACCUCAACAGCGGCGCCAAGGUCGUCGGCGGCUCCGGCGUCCUGCUCGUUGGCGGCGAGGCGUUCACGUGGCAGCCGUGGCUCGCGCGCGGGGAGAAGCGGUUGUUGAAUCGGAAGGGCCAGUGGGAGGUUCCUAAUGAGACGUUUGGGUUGUUUGGUCUGCUUUGGCCGCGACCGGAUCUAUUGAUAUUAGGGCUCGGCCCGCUGAUCCGACCUUUAAGCCCGGAGCUGAGACGGCAUAUCGGGAGCCUGGGCAUGAGGGUCGAGAUCCUGGAUACAAGGAAUGCGGCCGCGCAGUAUAAUCUGCUGGCUACGGAGAGGGGACUUGAUGAUGUUGCUGCGGCGCUGAUACCGAUUGGGUGGAGGGAGGGAUUUGGGGCGGCUUGAUGGGAUGGAUGAGCCGUUGAAGUAUGGACGGUUGAUAUAUGCUUUUGUUGAAGGUAAUUGUGGCUUACUGACAUAUCUCAUCUCAUACAUAACAAGAAGCACAAAAAGCAUGUCACAAUCAUCAGGCUUUGUCAGCGUUUGUGGCCGAAUUCCCAUUCCAUUAUCCCAACGCCUCCGUUAUUUAACCUAGAGGUUGACUAGGUUAUAUCGCUAAUGGUUCCUAAAGACAAUGUGCUCAUACCCAGAGAACUUCCUUGAAUUCCAGAUAAAAACCCAAGCAACGCUGUGUAUU